AUGUCGGGUUCUGACGCUUUACUUCACGAGCGCAGUCAUGCUCAUGCUCGCAAAGUUGCGAGACAUGAGAGCCUUGAAUGGCAACCUGCUGACCUUUCGGGAUGGAAUCCUGAGUCAACACCAUACGACGAUUUGCAGAAGUGGGAGAGGCAGGGCCGGGUCGACCGUCUGAGAGAUCUCAUUCCGUUCUGGCAAGAUGGAGUCCUAGCGGCAGAACGGGGUGAAGAAGCGGGGCGGAUGGAAGAAUUCCUGGAGCGGUUGGAGGACGAAUGGAACAGGACAGAUGGUUAUUGUGGUCAAGAUGGUAAUGAUGGAUGGGGGAGAGACACAGGUGAGGAGGUGUGGGGCGGUGGCGAUAUCUGGGGUGUCCAAACAGGCGAGGGUGGGAGGCAGGUCCUGGUCACACCUCAGCGACAGCAAAAUUACUCUGAGUGGGGACCGGGAGAGAGGGACUGGGGUGUGUCAUUGCCAAGUAUCUCGGACAUACCACUCCAGUCUGGGAAUUUUCCUCGGCAGGAUGUGCAAUCAGCCAAAGCUCGAGACAGCCGUACCAAAGAUCAGAUCCUUGACCGUGAUCGCUGGACGUUCGUCGAGACGGUGGCGAAGAAAGAAGCUGCGAGUGUAGAGCGCACUCGCCACAUGCACAAGUUCUAUGAUCUACCUACUGACCGCAAGGUGCGAGAAAUACGGCAACUCAUCCGUUUUCUGCAAGCUAAGCCACAUGUGGCAGUGACAUCAGCGGCGCCUAUGGGCCAAUACAAAUAUCGCAGUGGCCUGAGUCUGAAGGUUCCUUCACCGACGACAAACCACUUACUCAGUUAUAUCAUGAAUUACGAUUCAGCAGCUCUGCCGGACGGGUGGAGUCAGGAAUUCGACCAACGAACACAGCAUCCGUUCUGGGUCGACACGAGAGCACAACCACCACGCUCCAUCUGGGUACACCCUUUUGAGGACGAAGUAUUUUUGCGAGAACACCCAGACAUCAGGAAGAGGCUUGUUGCAGGUGAACUUAACGACCAGCCUCCACCAUAUUCACCCAGACGGCAUUCGUAUUCGGGUUCGAGCAGCUCAGGUGCCACUCUUGGUGUCCCAAACGUCGUCGAUCGGAACGCGGCAUCCCAACCUGGCACGCCUGCUGUUGAACACAGGCAUCGAGGGUUUUUGAACAAACUGAAGGACAAGACGUUGGGCACGAGAGAAGAAAGAGAGGCCACGAGAAGACGAGAGGAAGCUAUGCGACAGGAGAUGAGAGCGCGACGCCAACAGCAAUAUGAGACUCAGGCACGCAAUGAUCGCUCGUGGCAUGCCUCUCAUUCGUAUGGUAACCCCAGAUUUGCUGGACAAUCGAUGUAUGGUCCGCCACUGGGUGACCCGUACGCAUAUCGUUCUGGGAUAGGUGGAUUAGGCAGUGGCUAUGGUAGUAGAAAUCAGGGAAUGGGAGGCAUGGGCUUGCCUCUCCUUGGUGGCAUGGCCGGAGGGCUUUUGUUAGGCGAAGUGCUGGAUGACUUCAUUGACCCAGGAUUUGGUGGAGGUGGGCUCUUCGGCGGAGGAGGUUUUGAUGGUGGGUUUGGAGGCGGUUUCUUCUAA